UGGUGUGGAUUGAGAGUGAAGUGCGUUGAAUGAGUCAUAGAAUUAGUCCCCCUUUCACACGGAUGACUUUGUUUAUGAUAAGAUUGGCAAAUCUGUGGCCUAUAGACUCCAGCUAUUCACAGUUUUUUUUUUUUUCUCUUCAGUCUUCACAGCAACUUGAGAAACCUUGCCAGACUUGUUCAUUUUAAACUCUGCCUCCCAAUUAAAAAAUUUGAACUUUGUGGAGGUGUACCUCAGUUGAACUUGCCUAUAUGUAGGUCUGAGUUACCUAAGAGAAAAUCGUUUUCUAUGAGGAUAUUAGUGUCGUUCCUAGUUUCCUCUUUACCCAUUGGAAGUAUUUUGCUGUUGUGCUGUGUGCUCCUUAGAAGGAAAGCCAAAGCUAAGGUAACUGUGGUACCAUUAUUGGAUAUUUCACUCUUAAAAUUGUCAUAUGGUGAUCUCCUAAAAGCAACUGAUGGCUUCUCUUCUCGGAAUUUGAUUGGCUCUGGUAGUUCUGGUUCUGUGUAUUGGGGAGUUCUUGAUCAACAGGAGGAAACAAUUCUUGCUGUGAAAGUACUCAACCUUCAAAGUUCAAGAGCUUCUAGAAGUUUUGUAGCUGAAUGUAAAGUCCUGAAAAGCAUUAGGCACCGAAAUCUUGUUAAACUAGUGACUGCUUGCUCAAGUGUUAAUUUUCAAGGAAAUGAAUUCAAAGCUUUGGUUUUUGAGUUCAUGUUGGAUGGAAAUCUAGAUGAAAUGUUGCAUUAUUCAGCUCAUACAGUGGUUGGGGUGCCCACUGUGCAGGUGCAUUUGAAUCUUAUCCAAAGGGUGAACAUUGCCAUUGAUGUAGCUAAUGCUUUGGAUUAUUUGCACAGUCACUUUCACACCCCUAUAGUUCAUUGUGAUUUAAAGCCAAGUAAUGUUCUCCUAGAAAAGGACAUGACUGCCCGUGUCUGUGAUUUUGGGUUAGCAACCUACCUCCCACAUACUUCUUCACUAGAGAGUUCUUCCAAUAUAAUAAGGGGGUCCAUCGGCUAUUUUCCCCCAGAGUAUGGCAUGGGAGGUGCGGUCUCAACGUAUGGGGAUGUGUAUAGCUACGGAAUCUUGUUACUGGAGAUGCUUACUGGUAAGAGGCCAACAGAUGAUAUGUUUACAGAUGACGUGAACUUGCACAAUUUUGUUCUGAUGGCUUUGCCUGAACGUGUGAAAGAAAUAUGUGAUCCGUUGCUUCUUCGAGAAAAGGAAAGCAGCACUAGUACAAAGCCUGCAAGCAAUAGGAAUGAUGUCCAAAAUGAUGAAACGCGAAGAGUUGAAGAGUGUCUUAUUUCCAUUGCUAGGAUAGGAGUUGCUUGUUCUGUGCAUUUGCCCAAAGCACGAAUGCAGAUUGGAAAAGUUGUAGCUGAAUUACGUGUAAUCAGGGAUGUACUGACUGGAACCAGGAUGCUUAGAGAGUAGAGAGCACAUGAUCACUACCUAAGGCCUUAUCCGCCAAUGAUACAGUUGGUUGUGGGAGAGUCCAACAUAGUGCGUCAGAUAAACCAGCUUUCACUACUUGGUGAGUCCAAUAUAUCAUUUAAUUAUGUAAAACUCCCAAGAAUUUAUUCAGAUGUUAUUAAAACAGUUCAUUGAGUCAGUUGUAUUUAUUCACAAGGAAAGUGGAAAUAACCAAACUGAGAAUACCUUUGUUUGC